UGUCCCUCGGACACAGCGGAUCACCGAUCAACAGAAAGAGCCGAAGAUAGGGGACAUGUACACUGAUCAUCAGGGUACUGAUGAUCAGUGUGCCCUGAUGAUCUGUGUAGCCCCAGCAGUGUCACCUGUCAGUGCCCAUCAGUGCCAGCUGUCAGUGCUCAACCAUGCCACCUGCCAGUGCCCAUCAGUGCCACAUCAUUUCUACAUUUCAGUGCCUACCAGUGCACAUCAAUGCCACAUAGUGCCCAUCUGAGCUGCCUUUCAGUGUCAUCCAUCAGUGCCACCUAUCAAUGCCAGUCAGUGUCACCUAUCAGUGCUGCCAAUCAGUGCCUCCUAUCAGUGUGCAUCAGUG